AUGUUGUUCGGCCUUCUUUCAUCAUCUCUGCUGCUGGCAGCUACCACCUCUGCGCUUCCUGCUGAGGUAGAACCUCGCGCAACAAACCAAUACCUGACCAACUCUCAUACGGCUAUCACUGAACUUCAGACCUUCUACAACUCUCCUCGCCCUGGCUUCUGGAGCGCUGGCUGGUGGAACACUGCCAAUUGCCUCACUCUGCUUGCCGACCUGCGCGCAAAGGACAGUUCAUCUUUCCUGACAUCCAUCACUGACGGCGCCAACGGUGUUUUCACACACACCUUGAACAGCCAGGGUAAAGACUCAACCGGAGCCCUCAACUGGGACGACUUCUUCGAUGAUCAGUUGUGGUGGGUCAUUGCACUGAUCAAGACCUACGAUGUCACCAAGAACACAAGCUUUCUCAAGACUGCAAAUGUCACCUUUGCCUCUGUCAACUUGAACAACAAGCCCUCCAACAACCCUUGCGGAGGCCUUGCCAAUGCUUACCCUUCUGAGAAGUAUUUGGUCAAGAGCAGCACUAUCGCUACUGUUCUCUACGUGGAGGCUGCAGCUUUGCUGGCUGUCCGCUACCCAGCUCAGAGCAACUACUUCAUCAACCUGGCCAAAACUCAGUGGAGCUGGCUGUCCAAGAACAUCCUCAUCAACGGUAUCAUGCAAGGAGAUUCCUUGACCGGCAGUCCUCCUUCAUGCGGCAACAACCACGCCUUCUUGACUUACAUCGAAGGCGUGGCCUUGCAAGCUCUAGUUGCCCUCUAUCACGCCACCAACGAUGCAUCCUACCUCACCACCGCCGAUACUCUAGCCACCGAGCUUCUGUCGGGCAAAUACGGCAUGAUGGACUCGAACAAAAUCGCUCAAGAGUUCUGCGACGCAGACUUGUCUUGCAACCCCGACGAAGCACAGUUCAAGGGUAUUAUGAUGAGAGGUCUGCGUACUCUGCGCGAUGCAAAGCCUUCUGCUGCAGGAGGUCAGAUCCAGAGCUUCUUGACUAAGAACGCGGAUAGUAUUUGGAACAACAGCAGACAGAGUGGUACUAACUUGCUUGGAGAGAAGUGGGCUGGUCCUUUUGCGCUGGGAAGUGGUCAGGCUUUGCAGUUGAGCAGUCAUAGUUCGGCUACUAUGGCUUUGGUGCAGGCUGCUUUGGCUAGCAUGUAA